CAAUACUUUUGUACUCACUCUCAAUCAAACACCCCAACCUCCUCAGGGAAAAUGGCCCUCACCUCCAGUACAACCCCAUCCAAUACCUUUUUUGAGAGAGAAUGCAGAGAAAUCCACACAUCAUUCGACAGCCCAGGCCAACUAGCCGUUAUCCUAGCUCAUCGGACUCCGGCAGAGAGGCAACAAAUCAAGGAGAACUACAAAGCCAUGUACAACAAGGACUUGGUUGAUCACCUCCAAGAGCAGCAAAAUGUGCCGGUAUGUGCAGCCUUGUACUUGUGGAUGCUUGAGCCACAGGUGCGCGAUGCUGUGGUUGCGCACAGUGCGCUUGAGCGAAGUGAGGUGGAUUACAGGGCUCUGGUUGAGAUAUAUGCGCGUCGCAAGUCGAACCAGCUCUUUUUCACUAAGCAGGUGUAUUUGAGCAAGUUCAGAAGGCAUCUUGAUCAGGAGAUUGUUACCGAGGCAUCUCAUUCUUAUCAAAGAAUUUUGGCUGCGCUAGCGACAUCUCAUAGGUCUCACAAUGAGGAAGUAAGUCAGCAUAUAGCCAAAUGUGAUGCCAUGAAGUUGUAUGGAGCAAUCAGAAUGAGCACAGGAGGGAUUGAUGAGGCGACCAUCCUUGAGAUUUUCAGUAAAAGAAGUGUUCCUCAGCUCAGGCUCGCAUUCUCUAGCUACAAGCAAAUAUAUGGGCAUGAUUUUUCUAAGACACUGAAGAGAGAAGACAGUAUCGAAUUCGAGGAAUCACUGAGAGUUGUCAUUCAAUGCAUGUGUGAUCCUACUAAUUACUACUCUGAGAUGAUUUUUUCGAGCUUGAAGGGAGAACCGACUGCGAAGAGAGUUCUGAUAAGAGUGAUGAUGACGGGCAGUGCAGAUGUUGGGAUCGAAAAAGUGAGUGCGGUCUUCGAGAAAAACUAUGGGAUGAAGAUGCAGGAUGCCAUUAGGGAGAAUGUUGAAGAUGGAGACUAUAGAGACUUUCUUCUAGCUUUAUCAGAUAUGCGGAAUUCGCAUUAGUCGAUGGGGAGAGAGUUUUAUCAUCUAUAAGAAGUCUUAGGUAGUAUAAAGAGUACCUAGAUAGAAAAAAUUAUAUAUGUAUAAUAUAUGUCAGUUGAUGUGAAACAAGCUUCUUAUGGAUCAAAGCCCGAACUAUUUUAUAAAUGCAUGGUCACUCGAAUUUGAAUA